CGGCAGUGUUUACUGCAGCUGCUGGAGGAGAACGACCAGCUGAUCCGCUGCAUCGUGGAGUACCAGAGCAAGGGCCGCGCCACCGACUGCGUGCAGUACCAGCAUAUCCUGCACAGAAACCUCAUUUAUUUAGCCACAAUUGCAGAUGCGACGCCGCCCAGCACGCAGAAGACUACAGAGUGAUUGCACGUACCCGGCUUCAGGCUGCCCUGCUUUACAAAGAAAGGCUUUAGUUUAGAUUGCCACUGUGAGAGGGAGGAGGUGUAGUCACACAAGGCAGGUAAAGAGCCAUCCCUCUAUGUUAAAAUGUGAAUUCUAAUAUUAGAAUAGCCUCUUUCUUCCUGUUAAGUAGAACUUAGGGGAUAGAAUUACCAAGCUUUCAUCUCUAGAAAACCUUAGUGUUUGUUUCUGAAAAUAGCCCAGUUGUGAGGACACCACCACUGCUGCCUUGGGAAGAUUGUAGCAGCCUUAGUGAGGCAGCCACUGUUUCAUGACUGAGACUACGUAACAGGAGGACACCAGUGAGGAGGUGGAAAGUAAAAAUGACAAGAGACACAUGUUGCACAGACUAUUGUGUAUACUGUAUCAUAAAAAUUGUGCUAAUAAAUUGAAGAUGUGCUUUGUAAAGCAAUAUUUUCUGGAUUAAUGUAACACGUUAACAAAGGAACACCUUGGCAUUUACUGCAAAAGGAGUUUGAAUUUCAGAAUUCUAGGAAAGAGGUAACAGCUUUCAAGUUAUGCAACAGUCCAGUUCACUAAGAGAGGGCUGAUAUUAACCCCACUUGCAUCAAGAUUUUCAUUUUUGCUUGGAAUGUUCUGCCCUACAGAUUUCUCUAAACAAGUAACUUCUUGCAUAAUCAGCAUGGCCUCGUGCACCCUGGGUAUUUGUCAGCCUGUCUGCCUCUGCACUCUUACCUACCGAUAGCACAGCUUAUUUUACUAUUAUAUACAUAUUUUUACACCUGAUUGUGCAUUUCAGUGAUACAAUUAGCAUAAACUAAACAAGCCUCAGUAAUUAGUUCUCCCCUCCUCAACAUUCUCCCUCCCCUCUCCCCCCCAAAAAAAAGUUUUCACUCACUCCCAUUAAAAUCAUUUACUUGUCUAAAAAUCCACGUUACUUAUUUGUGGCAAUGUUCAUCUGCACUAAUAGUCCAAAGAUACUGUUAAGGCAUCUUCUCUUCUUAUGAAAGAGUAGCUUUUAAGAUGCUUCAGGUUGUAUGGUGUAUUAAGUUCAGUUUUAUAUCAUGUAAGUAGGCAGUUAACAACUUUCAAACUGUUAAAUAAGCCUAUGUUAAUGAAGUAAAGUCUUUGUUUACAAACCAAAAUUACAAUUUUAGAUGCUGCUCAGUUUCAGUAAGGUGCAUAUUCUAAACAGGUAUGACCUAUUAAAUGUAUAUCUUUAAUAAAGCUAAUAUUUUACUUUUACAGAAGCUUUAAAAUACAAAAUGUACAAUUCCAGUUCAGAAGCAUUAGCUAUUCACAGAAGCACUGCAAUAAGGGCAAGUUAACUAAGCACCAAACCCUUGCACUUGGCAGUGUAAGUGAAGUUUAAUGGCAAGACUCAUUUGCCAAGUGCAACAACUCUUAAAAUUACCAGUGUUCAGAACAAUCGGAAGCAAAGUACAUAGUAGCACCUACGUGGUCAAAAUGCAGACAGACUUUGUUUCUGCAAUUUACUUAUGUACAUCUAGAAACCUGCCAGCAUUUGUAAUUAUGAAUCAGCUGCACAAACUAUAGCAAUAAUUUUGGCACUUGUUAGGAGGAGUUCAAAAUAAAAUGUUUUCAUUAACUUCCA